AUGCGUGAAUGCAUUAGCAUCCACAUUGGUCAAGGCGGUUGCCAGAUCGGAAAUGCAUGCUGGGAACUCUACUGCCUAGAGCACGGAAUUCAACCCGAUGGUCAGAAGCCUAGCGACAAAAGCAUGGGUUGCGGAGACGACUCUUUUGAGACAUUUUUUCUUGAAACCGGUGCAGGCAAACAUGUGCCACGAGCAAUUUUUGUCGAUCUGGAACCGACUGUGGUGGACGAAAUUCGCACUGGAACGUACCGCCAACUAUUCCAUCCAGACGUGCUGAUAACAGGAAAGGAGGACGCAGCUAACAACUACGCACGUGGACACUACUCGGUGGGGAAGGAGAUUGUCGACUUGGUGUUGGAUAGAGCUCGAAAACUGGCCGAUCAAUGCACUGGCUUACAGGGGUUUUUUGUAUUCCAUGCCUUUGGUGGUGGCACAGGAUCGGGAUUCAAUGCCCUCAUGAUGGAACGCUUAAGUGUCGACUACGGAAAAAAGACAAAAGUUGAAUUUUCUAUCUUUCCUGCUCCUCAGAUUUCAACCGCCGUGGUGGAACCCUAUAACGCCAUCCUUUGCACGCAUUCAACCCUGGAGCACUCCGAUUGUUCCUUCACAUACGAUAACGAAGCGAUUUAUGACAUCUGUCGAAGAAAUCUCGACAUUGAACGGCCGACUUACACGAACUUGAAUAGACUGUUGGCUCAAGUAGUCAGUUCAAUCACCGCCUCCUUGCGUUUCGACGGCGCGUUAAAUGUGGACCUGACUGAAUUCCAAACGAACCUAGUGCCCUAUCCAAGAAUUCACUUUCCCCUGGUCACGUAUGCACCCACGGUGUCAGCCGAAAAGGCCUAUCACGAACAAUUAACUGUGAUGGAAAUAACCUACGCUUCUUUUGAUCCAGCUAACCAGAUGGUUAAAUGCGACCCUCGUCAUGGAAAAUACAUGUCCUGUUGCAUGCUCUAUCGGGGAGAUGUAGCUCCGAAGGAUGUUAAUGCUUCGAUUGCCUCCAUAAAGACUAGGCGAACCAUCCAGUUUGUCGAUUGGUGUCCUACCGGUUUCAAGGGGGUGACCUAG